AACUUGUACCUGAUUCAAGACCACAAUGAUAAUGAUGAAGGAAGACCCUGGUUCAAAACCAAUCAUGAUCCGUAAAGUGUGGGGAUACAAUUUGUCUUGCGAAUUCAAGCUCAUUAGUCAGUUAAUUGGUAAAUACAAUUUCAUCUCAAUGGACACUGAAUUUCCUGGAAUUGUUCAUUCACCCACAGUCCGCCGUCGCCUCCAACCUAACGAGCAAUACAGUUACUUGAAAGCCAACGUUGAUGCUCUAAACAUUAUUCAGAUCGGUCUUACCUUAUCGGAUGCAAUUGGUAACCUCCCUAGUGAUCAGAACAAUCGUUACAUCUGGGAAUUCAAUUUCCGUGACUUUAACGUCAAGAGGGAUCUCCACAACAAAGACUCCAUUGACAUGCUCCACCGUCAGGGUAUCAACUUCUUUCGUAACACUGUUCAAGGUGUGGACUCGUUUCAUUUUGCGAUGCUGAUGCGGUGGUCUGGACUGCUUUUCAACAACUCGGUGACAUGGGUGACAUUCCACAGUGCGUAUGAUUUUGGAUAUCUGGUGAAAAUCUUAACGCGGCAUUAUCUUCCUCGUAGCUUGAAAGAGUUUUUGCAUGUUUUGAGAGAAUUAUUUGGAAGGAAUGUGUAUGAUAUCAAGUAUAUGAUUCGCUAUUCAAAUGCACUUUAUGGCGGUCUUGAACAAGUUGCGAGUAUUCUUCAUGUGGAUCGGGCCAUUGGUAAGUGCCAUCAAGCUGGAUCCGACAGUUUGUUGACAUCGCAGACUUUUCACAAGAUGGUGAACACAUAUUUUAUCAACAAUGAAGUCAAAAAGCACGCUGGAGUCAUAUUUGGAUUAGAAGUUACAGCUUGAUAAAGAAACCUUGAUUUGAGUUUGAAUUGCUACAUAAUACAUGAUAAACAUUUAGUAUAUGUUUUAAUUG